CUAAACAGAGCCGACAUGCCUCCCAAGAAGAAAGGCGGGCGCGCAAGCACCCAGGCCGCCGCGACUCCAGACGAUGCGAUGGACAUUGAUACACCAGCCGCUUCGGAGACACCAGCUCCCCCAAAAGAGGUUACGGACCCGUGGACGGACGACCAGGUCGCUUCUCUUUUCAAGGGCGUCAUUCGGUGGAAACCAGCAGGAAUGCACAAACACUUUCGGAUACUGGCCAUCAGCGAGCACCUCCGUAACCACGGAAUAGACCCCGACGUAUGGCCACACACCCGAAUCCCCGGCAUCUGGGCUAAGCUACGCGAGUUCUAUAACUUAGAAGCCAUCGACGAGCGAGAGAACAGUAUGGAUCCGCCAGAAGAGAAGGGCCAGCCCAGGCGAUACCUCGACUUCAGACUACCCUUUAAAGACUACGUCGACCUGAUGGAGGAGAGGGCUCGCGCAGAUCCCAGUGAGGCACCGUCCAGUCCGCCACAAUGGGACCCCAAUGACCCUACCGCUGGAGGUGACGGGAAAAAGAGGAAGCGAGCGGCAGUCACAUCGGCAGCAUCAACGGACGGGAACACUAAGACUCGAAGUUCUACUGUUGAGGCAACGGAUAACGAGACUCCUGCAGCUAGUCCCUCCAGGAAGACGGCCAGGACCGGUAGAAAUGCCAAACGUGCUGCUAGUAGAGGACGCAAGGCGAAGGAAGAGUCACCCCCUCCUAGUGAAGAGGAGAGCGAGGAGGAAGAGGGGUCUGAAGAGGACGAGGAAGAAGAGGACGAUGAAGAAGAAACGGGCACACCUGCAUCUACCAAGGGCGGUAGGUCAACAACCAGAGGCCGGACUGCCACCAGAGCGAGAGGUCGAGGGCGAGGACGAGGUCGGGGUAGAUAG